GAGUUUGGCCCGAAGGAUCAGAUGGGACAGACAUAAAUGCCCUUGUCAGAUCCCAUAACCGAAAAGUGAUAGCAGUUGCUGAUGAUUUUUGUAAGGUCCAUCUCUUUCAGUAUCCCUGUUCCAAGCCAAAGGCUCCAAGUCACAAGUACAGUGCCCACAGUAGUCAUGUGACAAAUGUCAGCUUCACCCAUAGCGAUGGUCACUUGAUUUCAACUGGAGGGAAAGACAUGAGUAUUAUUCAAUGGAAACUUGUGGAGAAGGUAACUCUACCACAAAAUGACAUUGUCGUAGACAUCGGUGCAACCAAAGUGCCCAUCGCUGCCAGUGAAAAUGCUGUACAGUCUCCUGCACCUCUCCCACAGCCUUUUAACGAAAUGAACCAAACCGAAAGUGUAACUGGCAGCUCUCCGGCUUCUUUGGAGAGCAACUUGGAGCAAUCUGCGGAGGAGCAAAGCGAGGAGCAAAGUGAGGGGAGCAGCCUGGAUCCCGCCGAGCCAGGCUACGAGGAGCCCUCCAACGAGACGAGCGAGGAGCACAGUGAAUCCACAGUCACUGAGGAGCAGCAAGAUAACUCACCGGUGUCUUAAUGCUCCCAGCUCAGGCGGUUGUUAUUUUCCCUUGGUGUGCGUGCUUUCAUUACAGGGUGAGGGUUCAAAUAUGGAAAAGUAGCUGAGAUUCAUGACCACUCCAGCUUUUGAGUUUCAGUGAGAUUUUUAGUCUGAGCUUCAGUUCAAUGUGUGGAACCAUCCCAAGGGCCUGGCUUGAUGGUUUGUGUCAAGAUCUGGUCACAGUUAGUAGUGGACACUACCAUAGAUCCAUUUCAGUUCUGAAAUUGCUGUCGGGAAGUGGCAUGAAAUAUAUACUGGAAAAAAGGUUAGCUCUGAGAAUUAGCUGAAGUAGACCACCUUAACUAUGUGAAAGUGCUUUCUGAAAGAACUAAGCUGAUGGGAAGCGCUGAGCUGUUCCAGCUGGGGAGUACUGUGCUGCUUUUUCCAGGUGCAAAGAUGAGCAAAACAGAAAAACAACCAAAAAGCUCUUUGUAGGGCUGUUUUCCUUUGUUUUUUCUUAGUGAGAAAAAUAGAGGAAAAACAACUUCAUGAUGCCACGUGUAUGGCGAUGCCUUCUUGAUCUAACGUAUAUGCAAUUUUCUAACACUACUAAUUCCUAGUGGAACCUGGAUGUGUUCGCAGUUGGUCUGCCCUGGGUGCUGCUAGUUCUAAGGCAAAUCCUGUUGACGAACGGUGUCAGCUGUUCCAUUUUCACAGACUGUUUAAUAACAGACUAACCAAAUACUGGCGUGCUUCACUUUUCAUGACCUGAAAGUUUGAUUUCAACUGUAGGAUGUAAUUGUCUCUUCAAAGAAUUGCUUGCCUAGAGAGUUUGAAACUUCAGAGAGUCUUUACGGUGACUUUGAUGUGAACAGCGGAGGAAGCAUGGCAAGAACACAGAAGUCAGAUGGGCUCCAGAGUUAAACUUUAAGCCUUCAAGCAGAACUUGCUCCAUCCUUAGUAGGAGAAAUAUAAAUACAGUUACCUUAAAUUAUUAAAUUGGUGCUUAGGAUUAGUGUAUUAAGUUGCUAAUUUUAUCUUUUGAAUUUUUAGAGGUAACUCUAAGAAUUAUUAAACUGCAAUC